AUGACGAACCGAGGCAAAGGCAACGGGAAAGAGAAAGGGAAAGGGAAAGGUGAAGGAAAUCCGUCGGAAACCAAAUCAUCUUCCUCUGCAACAGUGUCGAGUUGCAAUCUUCCCCAAGACCUCAUCGUUGAAAUACUCUCAAGACUCCCAGUCAAAUCUCUCCUCCGCUUCAAGUCCGUGUCCAAACCCUGGCUUGCCCUUAUCAACAACCCUAAAUUGAUCUCACUCCACCUCAGUCACACCGAUGUGAACCCCAAGGACGACGCUGUAAUCAUCCACAGUCUCUUUUUAUGGCAAGAACACAUCAUGUCUCUUUUAGAUUCUAUUGAUGAUAAACCCAUCAAUCUCGACCACCCUUUCCAGUCAUGA